GUUAUUUUUUGAUAAGCUCCCAUACAUGGUGUUUACAACGCACGGACAGACAUACAUAUAAACAGCGCACGAGUCCCGCGGCACAUUUCCUGCGAGCGACUGGCGCAUGCGCGUGUUUCCCGCGCUAAUAUUGUUUUUCAAGAUGGCUUUCCGUAUUUACCUGUUAUCUUGCCUAUGUCUGGCUGUGAGCGCGGCGCCCCCUUCCCAACAGCAACUCUACCAGCAACAUGCACCUGCGCAGCUUCAACAAAUAAAUCCUUACGAUUACUAUUUGGCAAAUCAAGAAGUUCCAAACUAUCUAUAUAGUCAACCUCAACAAAAACAAGUCAAUCAAAAUUCAGACUCAAACGGCGCUCCCUCGAGACUGGAGACCUUGGAGCCCGACAGCGAAGUCGAGCUGAUUCCUGGAGCUCAAUCCCCUCAGCAACCACCGCAACAGAAUCCAGUGUCCCCAAAUAUCCCAGGCCUGGCCCCGGGACAGCGAGUGUUCAUCGUGCACAUGCCCGUUCCAGGAUACAGACCAGGAACUAUUGGAGGAUACCAGCCAGUUUACAUAGUGGCUGCAGCUCCACAGGGCAACAACGCUUAUCCUGCUAAUGGCUACCAAAACGCCAUCUUGCUGGAUCCCACAACAGGACAAGCAGUGAUAUCCCCUCUGUUGGGUUACCCCAGGCAGUUCGGGAUUGGUCAGGGUGCUAUUGGUCAGGGAGCCAACCCAAACCUCUUGGGACCAUUAGUGAACAGACCCUUUGAAUACGGCUACCAAGAACCAGUGUACGCUUACCAACCAGGAUCUGGUCCCCAGGUGCCUCAAGCGCCGGAGGGAGUGAGAAGCUCGGUGCGUUUAAACCAGUACGUGGGGUUGCAGGGAACCAACCUAGGAAAUAACCCUAGAUCGGAGAACAACGAAGCAGAAGCAGCAGCCCUCAGUGAACAAAAGAAACAGGCUACCGAUAGCAACGAAACUAAGGAACGUAUAGAAGAGAGACGCAGGCCUACUACGGCGCAACAAAUUCGGAAUAAAGUCUAGAAUGUGGAGCUAAACUAACUAACGUUAUUUAUUGUUGAGCCAUGAAAACAAAUGAUCAAAUAUAUCAUUAAACUAGAAAAAGAUGCUCAGUUCUGAGGAAUUUCUUGGGCACAUUCCCUGUUGAAAAUACGAUAUACUAUUGUAUUCGCAAUUAGAAACUUUUACUCGUAUAAUAAAACGGAGGUUUGACUGAAGUUCUUUGACGACGUAAAAUAAAUUAUAAUGUCAAAAUUAUUUUAAAUUAUGCGAAAUAUUGUUCACCUGAUAAACGUUAUAAUGAUCUAUGUAUCAUCAGAUCAAAUAAUAAUAAAAAAAAAUUUAAAAAUUGUCA